AUGUUUGAUUCGAAUUUGGUGGAUUAUACAACCAUUCUUUUUGCCUCGAUAAAUUCCACUUUACAUGUACUUCUCAUAUGCUUUAUCGGUUAUGUGGCCGCAAAAUAUGGAAUCAUUACUCCAGAAAUCGAAAAGGGUUUGGCUGGAUUGAUAAUCAAAAUAUUCAUGCCAUGCCUUUUGUUUUCUAAUAUCGGUGAUCUCGAUGUAGAAACCUUAAUCAAACUGUGGAUUAUACCCGUAGCAUUUUUCACCUUUGUUUCCAUUAGCGGUACUCUUGGAUUCAUUGGCGGAAAAUUAUUAAGACUCAAUUCCCCUAACACCCGAUUUAUUUGUACUGCAAUAAUAUUUAACAACGUCACUAGUCUUUCACUUGGAUUGUUAAAAAGCCUUUCUAAGACAAAAGUAAUAGGGUUACUAGCUUUAAGAGAAGAUGAGACCCCUUCGGAAAUUGAGAAACGGGGAAUCUCCUACGUAUUGUUAGUUACCCUAUGGACAAACUUGCUACGAUGGAGUCUGGGUACUUAUUUGCUAAGAAAGGAGUCCGACGAGUGUGACGAAAAUGAAAACAAGCACAAUAAUGAUAGUGACAAUCUUUCCUUAAAUUCAUCAUGUGCUCCAAAGGGGCAUGACAAUCAAUCCGAAGUCAUUUCCAUUUCUGUAGAAUCGUUGCCACCAGAUGAGUCGACUCCUUUGGUACCACAAGCAAAACAACCUUCUUCAACGUGGAAGAAAAUAAAGAUAUCUAUUGGAAAAAUAAUAAAUCCGCCUUUAUGUGCCGCACUAUUAGCCGUGGUUGUAGGCGUAACUCCUUUCCUUAAAUCUUCAUUCUUUGGUCGCGACGCACCUCUCACCCUUGUCUCCUCAGUCGUCGAAAGCUUUGGGUCAUUAUCAGUUCCGUUAACUCUUUUCACUCUAGGAGCUCAGCUGAAGAGUAUACCUCGAUCAAAGAAUAAAGAAAUGUUUCCGUCAAUUACAUAUGUGAUGACUAGUCGAUUUAUCAUCAUGCCGAUUAUUGCGUUGAUAAUCGUAUUAUCCACCAGGCAUUUAUACAUGCAAGAUCCGAUGCUAUUAUUUGUAUUGGUUAUGUUAGCAUGUGGCCCACCAGCGGUUAAUUGUAUGAACCUUACCCAUUUUACUGGAACGUUUAAAGAAGAGAUGGCCACCCUAUUAUUUUAUUCUUAUAUAGCUGCGGCUCCUAUGAUUACCUUGUUGGUCAUGGGAUUGUUGAGCACUAUCAAGACCACAUGA